CAUAGACAGGCUAGACAUUUUUUUAUUUAUUCUUUGUGUAGCUUGCAUUCAAUUGCCACUCCCUUUAGCACACAACAAGCUUUGAUUCCCCGUCACAAGGGGUUUGAUGGCUGAUUUAACAUGAAAUUGUCAACCCUGUUACAGUCAAACCUGUUAUUUUAUUUGGCACUUAGGGAAAUUUGUUUUUUUAUGAAGUUGAACAUGUGUUAAAAUUAUGUGCAAUCAAACAUUUCUUUUUUAACAAGUUACACCUCUUGCAAAAUCUUUCAAGAAGCCAUUUCUAUGGAAUUUUGUGAGAGGUCAUCAUCAAUUACUUACAUGUAUAUUUGGGCUCUUGUGCACUAGAUCACUCAUGGAACCUUUACGGGAUCUCUUCUGGCUGUGGGUGGUUCUUGGAAUGAUUUUUGUUUCCAUGGUAACAGGUCUCAUCUUCAUUCUUAUCAACAAGUGUAUUUCCAAGAAAGCUGCUGAACAAUACAAUACAAAUACACCAAGUCGCACUACACCUCAGUAUUAUGCCCAAAGCAGCAAAUAUCAUCUCAAAGAUCUGGAGGAUGAUUUGCCUCCUUUACCACCCAGGACUCAGUUUCUCACAUCCUGUCCCAAGACUGAAAGCUAUGAGAACCUCGUAGGGCUACCUGACUAUGUGAAAGUAGAUGACAAUGCCCCUCCACCAUACCAUCACACAGAGACACUGGUGUGUAAGGACAAUGACGGCAUUCCAGAGGACUACGAUGACAUCGGAGCAGACUGUCAGAUCGAGGAGGACUAUGAUGAUCUGGGAUAAAGCCAGAGGCAACGGAGACUAUACUAAAGACACUUUUGUGGUACAUAUGUAAUGUAUACUCCUACUAGCCAAAAAUAGAUGUUCUGCAGAAAUACGACUAUCCCUUAGCUGAUACGGCUUCAUGUUUAAAUCAUUUACUUGGCAAUACUUUACCUGUUCGCAUAAGACUAAAGUAUAGCUUUCUGGUAUUUACCAAAAAGCUCUCUUGUAACAAUGGACAAUUUCUUACUUAUAAGAAUUCAACACAAUUUAAUUGUGUUUCAGGGUAUACUAUGUAACUGAAACUAUUAGGCUGUAGUUAGCAGAAAAAAUUUAAGCUGUGUAGUUUCAAUUGAAUGUUGAAUAUAAUGGUGCACAGAAAAUUAACAAUCUUAGUGAUUACCUACUACCAUAUGAUUGUCAAUGGUGCUGGUUUUGCUAACUUUUAAAAUCCCAUAGACCAAACCAGUUGUAUCAGGAAUCAACACAGGUGAAGUGGUAUAUUUAAUCAUUUUACAUCUAAGUAGUAACCUCCGAGGCUUGCUGAGUUUCAAAACCAGCAUACAGUUGUUAAAACCCUGUAGUUCUAGGAAUCAUCGACGUUAGAUUGUGUUUACGACUGUGUACUUAUGCUCUUAGCUCACUAUGGAUCAUGAAGCAGCAGACCGUGCCAUGUUUUAUGAAACCAAUAACUGUAAAAGGUUUCCAACAGAUCGGAUAUAGAGUGUAAGAAUAGAAAUGGGUGAAAAAUGUGACUUUCCUUGUCCACCAGUGACAACUUAAUUUUGCAAAGUUAAAGAUUAGCUCCUCUGGUUAUUGACAAUGAAACAAACAAUAGGCAUUUCAAAAUCUGUAUUGAUUAAAAUACAAAUGUAAAUCUAAGCCCUGCCAUAAAGGUAAAGAACUGCAAAAAAGUGAAGCGUAUACUACUUACUGUAUGUAACCGAAACUAAAAAAAAAAAGAAAAGAGAAGCCGUUUAGUUUCAAUUUGAAUACUGAAGGGUUUGUUGCAGGAGUUUCAAAAUGGCUAGUCUCUUGUCGAGCCUAGAAGCCUGGCAUGCAACACAAUGGUCGGUCAAAUUGACUCACCAUUUCUUCCACACUGCAAUGAGGGCAGUACUAUAGAGUAACGUAUGCUUGUUUGAUUUGUCCACAGUACAUGUUUUCUACAGUUGCAAUAAACAAUGUUACGUAAGCGUU